UGAAUAUUGGGACGCAAGGUAGAAAAAUUACCAUAAUUGCUAAUCCUUCGGCAAGGAUAUAACUAGUAGCAACCUUACCUUGGAAAUAGUUUUAAACUGAGUCAACAUGCAGUACGUUUUUCUUACCUUGGUAUUUCUCGUUGCAGUCAUUCCUUCAGGUUUUUCGCUCCAAUGUUACCAUUGCGAUAAAGAACAAAACUGUACAGUGACGAACUGCUCAGGUCAGCACGAUACUUGUUUCUACACCUUCAGUAAAUACGGUGCCAGUAUAAAACGAGGAUGUGAAAAGAAUACCACAUGUAACGGCACAGCCAAUACUUGUGARGAGAAUAAUUUGUGUGUGAUGAAAUGCUGUCAGACUGAUCUUUGUAAUGAAGAUGGCCCAACCAUGGCUCCGCCCACCAAAGCCGCCCCAAAACCUACCAGACAACCAGCGGUUAUUAACUCUCCUACCACCCCUAACACUGCCUUCCAGCCAAUCACAUCCAAGACGCUGUUUGCUGUCACCAUGGUGACCAUUCUUAUGAGCGUUUUAUAAGAUACUCAAAGACCCCUUGCAUGUGACGUCAAAGCAGCCCAAUGACAAAACAAAAACAAAGAAUUGCAAUCUCAUGAGGAUUGGAAACCUAUYGUUAUGUCCUCCAAAUUGAGCUGUAUUCAGACGUACUGCAAGGGGUCUAUUCAUUUUUCAGUAGAUAUAGAAAUGAGUUGCAURAUAGGGGGCUACUUUAAGGGACGCUUCAUCAUUUAGCUGACAUUUUAUAUACACUUAUUUCAAUAAAGUUAGUCACAAAAAAAAACUAGAAAGCUGAGAUCACUGAGGAUCAUGAGAAUUUUUUAAAUAUCAAACAAGUAAAGCUUUUAAUACGAUUUGCARCUUGAGGAUGCUCAGAAGAGGUGAGACUGUAACUGGUAAAGGAUCUAAUAUCCCUCAAUAGUUAUUAAAGCGGUUGAAACAUGUAAAAUGUAUCUACCCAUAAUCCUUGUAGGUCUCAGCUUUGUAGCUUUUCAGGUGACUAACUUUAUUGAAAUGAGUGUAUUUCAAGGAAGGAAAAAAAAAGACAUUUUGAAAAUUAACACGAUAAUUAAGGUUUCCUAGAGCGCAUGCCAUAUGUAUCCGUGACAAACUUUGUAAGAAAUUGCACAAAUUUACACAAAUUAAUAAAGUCUAAGUAUAUGCUCAGCAGGCCGUAGAUCUACAAAACCUUACCUUAAUUUGUACUAUUUUGUUAGUUAACUUUUUCAUGGAUAUAUUUAACAACAAUUUAUCUUUACGUGUACGUACUUGCUAAGAAGAUUAUACUUAUUUAGAUCUUAAAAUAAAUAAUUCUGGCUAAAAAUGUUGUAAAACAUUGGACGUUUCGGUUUUCUAAUUGAACAUAAUUCCCCUUUUGACAGAAAUAAUUUAAAAAUCCUAGCAAUACAAAGGAUAAAAGAGCAUUAUAAGACGUGUCACGCUAUGGACGCCAUCUUGAACGGAGUUUGUUUAGAACCGAAAAUUUUCGUCGCUAGGCAACUUGACGUCAUACUURAGGACUCUAUUGAACUAGCUAAUAGAUGGCUUAUACUAAACAUAUUAUAAGCAGUAAUGAUGAAAAGGUAAAUUAUACACCGUGAAAAGAUGAAAMAACUUACU